AUGAACGCAGCUCAGCAAGAAUCCUCAUCGGGAAUGAGUGAUACCUUCGGUCGACAUUUCAAGAAACAAACUGCACGAGCCAAAGAAAAGUUAUUGGAAGGAUUGGGUAAAGCGAAAGCGACACAAGACGAUGUGUUUGAUCAGCAUGCAUCAAAUCUGAGCAAGCAAUCGAAAGCAUGCGAACGUUUGCAACGUGAUCUUAAAAACUACGGUUUUAAUUUGAAAGCGAUGAUACAAGCGCAGAAAACUUUAAGGGAAACGAUUCGAGAUUUGUAUGAGGCCGACUGGCCUGAUCGAGAGCAUGUCUGCGCCAUCACACAGUCACUCGAUUUACAGUGGGAUGAUUAUGAGAAGAUAAUCAACGAGCAAUUAAUAGGUUCGGUAAAUAAUUACAUGUCUCAAUUUGUUGAUUUGAAAGCGAAAAUCGCGAAGAGAGGACGUAAAUUAGUGGAUUACGAUGUUGCUCGUAACAAUUACAGCACCGUCAAAGCCAGCUCCAAAAAGGGCAAUGAAGACCCGAAAGUGAUAAAAGCGUUGCAAGAUUUGCAACAUGCAGAAACGAUGUAUAGAGAUAUGAAUAAAGAAUUGGUGGACACAUUACCGGCCACAAAAAAGAAAGAUGUUGAUAUUGUUGAUAAGAAAGAUAUUGCUAUUGUUGUGGUUGACUCCUCUCUCUCAUUGCAAGGUUUGCAGUAUAAUAAAAGUUUGGUGAAUCAACUGGACAGUUUGGGUAAUUCGUUCGAUCGUCUGCGUGUUCCACGACCUGAACAAGAGUCGCCGACUUCCUGGAAUGAUUCUCGAUCGCAAAGUCAACGUGCCAGUUUAGCCAGUUCGGGGAGUGGCGUUGCGCCGUCAGCCCCAAGUCGUCCAUCUCUUUCCGGCAAAACUUCACCACCUGUAUCACCGAGGGUAUCUCUUCCUACUGUCGAACAACCAUCAUCCGAAGUGGCCGAGGAGGAGACCAUUCGAAAUCAAGUCUAUCCGCGUUUGAACGCGAAACCUAACAGUGCAUCGAAAAAAGAUGGUCGUAAUCAACUUGAUGUUAAAGCGAACAAUACGACUGCUAAACGUGAAUCACCGAAUCCGUUCGACACAGAGGACUCAGUGGAAAAGAAGGAUAAAGCAAAGAGUAAGGAUAGUGAUGAUGCUGAUGCAUCGUCAAAUAAUCCGUUCGAUGAACCUGACCAACAGCAACAACACAAAGCAAUUGUUGUCGUUAUUUUCACAAAUUGGGAGACACCUAAAUUUGAUACUUCUGUGAUAGACGUAAAAAAUUUUACUGGAAUAAUUCACGAAAUUGAACGUAUGAUGUUUCGUUUGAAGGUGCUCUAUAAAGUACGUGCGACACACCACUAUUCGGCAGAGGAUACAGAUGAAUUAACGUUUGAUGCUGGUGAGAUUAUCGCGGUGCUUGAGUCAAGAGAAGACGACUUAUUAGACGAUGGAUGGUUGCUAGGUAUUAAGCAAUCGGACGGCAUUCAAGGCGUCUUCCCAGCUAAUUUCACUAAACAAAUUUAA